AUGUGACUGGUAUAAAGGGGUCUCCACCACAAACAAUGUCUAAUCACCUCUUCUCAACCCUAUAGCAUCAAAAUAAGUUAAAAAUGGCUAAUUUCUCCAUCUCCGGCGAGAAUUUGGACAAUGUAGAAGACGUAAAUGAUGAUAACAAACCGAAAAGUCGUUUUAAAGUAGAACAAGUUAACGAAUUGAGUUCAGAAAACCGAAAAAAUGAAUGGUCCGAAAAACCUUUAAGUUUUGCUGCUAAACGUCUCAUAAAUAGUCAAAGUAGACCACGACAAAUAUCAACUAGCUCUUCUAGCCCUCCUUUGUCUCCUAAUUUGAAUGCUGAAAACAAUUCAUACGAUACUGCAAACGCUAAGAAUGCUAAUCUGAAUACACUAGAAACGCUGCCACAUGUUGAUCAUUAUAGAAAUUUAUUUUCUGCAAACGCUGUGAAUCUUAAAAAACGACCUACUUUAGUUCAAUUACGUGAAAUGCAAGAGGAGUAUGAUGCUGGAGUAGAAGGCGAAGCAAUUGCAUCCGAUGAUAAGCAGAUGCAGCCGAACGGACCAAAUGGAGAUGUGACAACCACGGCUAUACAACAAGAUGCUAAGCCAGUAAAAUUCGGAUGGAUAAAGGGUGUUCUUGUAAGAUGUCUACUAAAUAUAUGGGGGGUUAUGCUCUUUUUGCGAUUGUCUUGGGUUGUUGGUCAAGCUGGGAUUGGAUUAAGUAUUCUUGUGAUAGGCUUAUCAGCUGUUGUUACAGUUCUAACAACUUUAUCCAUGUCCGCUAUUUGUACAAAUGGUCAAGUGAAAGGUGGAGGAGCGUAUUAUCUGAUUUCUAGAUCUCUGGGGCCAGAAUUUGGAGGAGCUAUCGGACUAGUGUUUUCUGUUGCUAAUGCAGUUGCUGUUUCCAUGUACGUUGUCGGUUUCGCUGAGACAAUAAGAGAUAUUCUAAGAGAUAGGAAAUUACUUAUGGUAGAUGAAGUUAACGAUGUCAGAAUCAUAGGAUUGAUUACCGUCGUCUUUCUAUUGUGCAUAGCCCUUAUUGGAAUGGAGUGGGAGGCCAGAGCUCAACUAAUAUUACUUGUUAUAUUAUUAAUAGCCAUGAUCAAUAUAAUCAUUGGAAGUUUUAUAAGUCCCUCUGAUAGUAAAAAAUCCAAAGGAUAUGUGGGUUAUGGAUCCGGCGUAAUAAAAGAUAAUUUCAAUCCAGAUUUUAGGGAUGGAGAGAAUUUUUUCUCAGUUUUUGCCAUAUUUUUUCCAGCUGCAACUGGGAUAUUAGCAGGAGCCAAUAUCUCUGGCGAUUUAAAAGAUGCUCAGAGAGCUAUACCAAAGGGAACUCUGUUGGCUAUUUUAAUAAGCUCAGUAUCCUACAUUGGUAUGGCCGUUCUUGCCGGUGCAAGCGUUGCUAGAGACGCAACAGGAAAUUUAAAUGUAACAGAAAAUAUUACCGAAUAUUGCCAGCAAUUUACAUGCGAAUUUGGUUUACAAAACGACAUGCAAGUUAUGCAAUUAAUUUCCGGUUUCGGACCAUUAGUGAUAGCUGGAACAUUUGCCGCUACCCUUUCAUCAGCUCUUGCAAGUUUAGUCUCGGCGCCUAAAGUCUUUCAAGCAGUUUCUAAAGAUAACAUCUUUCCCUAUAUAUCUGUGUUCGCUAAGGGCUAUGGAAAAAACGAUGAACCAAGAUUGGCUUAUCUUUUGAGCUUUUUUAUAGCUGCUGGUUUUAUAGCUAUUGGUCAAUUAAAUUCAAUUGCUCCGUUAAUUUCGAAUUUUUUCCUGAUGAGCUACGCAUUGAUUAAUUACUCAUGUUUUGAUGCAUCAUUAGCUAAAAGCCCCGGAUGGAGACCGGGCUUUAAGUAUUACAAUAUGUGGUCAGCACUCUUCGGUGCGUUGUUAUGCCUAUGCGUAAUGUUUAUAAUUAAAUGGUGGACUGCUUUGAUAACAUUCUUUAUAAUUACUGGAUUGUAUAUUUAUGUUCAUCAUAAGAAGCCCGAUAUCAAUUGGGGAAGUUCUACCCAAGCUCAUGUUUAUAGAAAUGCUUUAAAUUCCACUCUAAAACUUGUCUCAGUGUUAGAACACAUUAAAAAUUACCGUCCUCAAGUAUUCGCCUUAACAGGUCAUCCUAUGUCAAGGCCAGACUUGACAAGAUUUGCAGCUACAAUUACAAAAGAUAUAAGUCUUCUUAUGUGCGUACAUGUUAUAAGCGGUGAAAAAGAUUUCAGAUCUAAUAGUUCAAAAACUAAACACGCCUAUGACUGGCUUUCCAAGAAUAAAAUUAAAGGCUUUUAUAGUUGCGUUUGCUCAGAAUCUUUAAGAUCUGGUGUUUCUUCUGCCUUACAAACUUCGGGAUUAGGCAAAUUAAAACCAAAUACUCUACUAUUAGGUUUUAAAGGUGAUUGGAAAACUUGCGAUCAAUUUCAGGUACACGAAUACGUGAGCAUUAUACACGAUGCUUUCGAUCUUAGAUACGGAGUUGGUAUAUUAAGAGUUGACGAAGGUUUCUAUGUCAGUAACCUACCAAUGCAAUCUGAAGAAGGUGGAGUUGACGAUGAAAAAAUUCUUUUAAAAGAACAAGAUGGCAAAGAAAACAAUGAAGGAUCUCUUCCAACCAGUCGGAGUACAAGUCCAACACCAAGACAAUCCGUUUGUGCACCAAGAUAUAUCACAUCCCGUCAAUUGGCUAAAGCAGCUAAGAAGAAUGGAACUAUUGAUGUUUGGUGGCUCUUCGACGACGGCGGCUUAACUUUACUAAUCCCCUAUUUGCUAUCUGGUCAUUGGAGAAACUGUAAACUCAGAGUUUUUGGUGCUGCAUCUAGAAAGGGAGAGCUUGAUAGGGACCAACGUAGUCUGGCAACACUAUUAAGCAAAUUUCGCAUCGACUACGCUUCCAUUAAAAUAAUAGCUGAUAUCGGAAGGACACCUUCCGCUGAUGGAAUUGCUAGAUUCAACGAACUUAUUAAACCUUGGAUGCUAGAACCUGGUGAAACUCCUGAAUCUCAUCCUUGGAAAGUGUCCGAAACCGUCUUAAAUACACAAAAGGAUAAAACAUAUCGACAAAUUCGUUUAAGAGAACUUCUCCAAGAGCAUUCUAGUAGUGCCAAUUUAAUUGUUUUAACUCUACCUAUGCCUAGAAAGAGUAUUGCGCCCUCUGGACUUUAUAUGUGUUGGCUGGAAACGAUAACCAAGGAUAUGCCACCAAUACUAUUACUCAGGGGUAAUCAAGAGAGCGUUUUAACAUUCUAUUCUUGA